GCAGGAAACAGCCUCGUUUUCGUCAGAUAGGACAACACCUAGUAAAAACCGAGUCUGCGACCGGAGAGAGGAGUGGGGCUUGGCAAAACCGCUCAACCCACAGAAUGGGCGAUUUAUAACAUUUUAACACUCGAGUGUCACUGUUUUCACAACAAACAAAUUCUACAACGAUUAUUUUACAAGAUUCGGUAGCUAUGUCGGCAACAUUGUCGCGCGGCUCGCUCCAACCGGGCCAGCAGAAGCUGGCCGAGAAAUUUACCAUUCUGAACGACCGGGGCAUCGGGAUGCUCACUCGUGUCUAUAAUAUCAAGAAGCAAGGACAAGUUUGGAAGGCAUGUGGUGACCCUAAAGCCAAACCAUCCUAUUUAAUAGACAAGAACCUGGAGUCUGCUGUCAAGUUCAUUGUCAGAAAAUUCCCAGCGGUUGAAACGCGCAACAACAAUCAACAGCUUGCACAACUACAAAAAGAGAAGUCUGAAAUCCUUAAGAAUCUAGCGUUGUAUUACUUCACAUUCGUAGAUGUGAUGGAGUUUAAGGACCAUGUCUGUGAGCUGCUGAACACUAUUGAUGCUUGCCAAGUAUUCUUUGAUAUUACUGUAAACUUUGACCUGACCAAAAACUACCUUGACUUAGUAGUGACCUACACUAACCUAAUGAUGCUACUGUCUCGGAUUGAAGAGAGGAAAGCUAUCAUUGGCCUCUACAACUAUGCCCAUGAAAUGACACAUGGAUCAAGUGAUCGAGAGUACCCUAGGCUGGGACAGAUGAUCGUUGACUACGAGAACCCCCUGAAAAAGAUGAUGGAGGAGUUUGUUCCACAUGGGAAGUCGUUGUCAGACGCCCUGCUCUCCCUCCAGAUGGUGUACCCCAGGAGAAACCUGUCUGCUGACCAGUGGAGGAACGCCCAGCUACUCAGUCUCAUCAGUGCUCCUAGCACCAUGCUCAACCCAGCCCAGUCAGACACAAUGCCCUGUGAAUACUUGUCCCUGGACGCCAUGGAGAAGUGGAUAGUAUUUGGCUUCAUCCUGUGUCAUGGGGUCUUGAACAGCGACCAGGCAGCUCUGAGCCUGUGGAAGUUGGCUCUUCAGAGCAGCACCUGCCUCUGUCUCUUCAGAGACGAGGUGUUCCACAUCCACAAGGCUGCUGAGGACCUCUUCAUCAACAUCCGCGGCUACAAUAAGCGUGUGAAUGACAUCAAAGAGUGCAAAGAACAAGCUCUGUCACAUGCAGGCUUGAUGCACAGAGAAAGACGCAAAUUCUUGAGAUCUGCCCUGAAGGAGCUGGCCACAGUCCUAUCUGACCAGCCAGGAUUACUGGGCCCAAAGGCCCUGUUUGUAUUCAUGGCUCUGUCGUUCGCUCGGGAUGAGAUCAUUUGGCUGCUACGACAUGCAGACAACAUCCAGAAGAAGAGCACAGAUGACUUUAUUGACAAGCACAUUGCAGAGCUGAUCUUCUACAUGGAGGAGCUGAGGGCUCAUGUGAGGAAGUAUGGUCCUGUCAUGCAGAGGUACUAUGUCCAGUACCUGUCUGGCUUCGAUGCCGUGGUGCUCAACGAGCUAGUACAGAAUCUGUCCGUCUGUCCUGAGGAUGAGUCCAUUAUCAUGUCCUCCUUCGUCAACACCAUGACCUCCCUCGGCGUCAAACAAGGUGUUACAGUGGAAGACGGGGACGUGUUUGAUUUCAGGGGCAUGAGGCUGGACUGGUUCAGAUUGCAGGCCUAUACUAGUGUGUCAAAGGCUUCUCUGGGCAUCGCAGACCACCGUGAGCUAGGCAAGAUGAUGAAUACCAUUAUAUUUCACACCAAGAUGGUGGAUUCCCUGGUGGAGAUGCUGGUGGAGACGUCUGACCUCUCCAUAUUCUGCUUUUACAGUCGUGCGUUUGAGAAGAUGUUCCAGCAGUGUUUGGAGCUGCCAUCCCAGUCUCGUCACUCCAUCUCCUUCCCUCUGCUCUGUACCCACUUCAUGAGCUGCACCCAUGAGCUCUGUCCUGAGGAGAGGCAUCACAUAGGCGACCGUAGCUUGUCCCUGUGCAACAUGUUUUUGGAUGAGAUGGCUAAACAGGCCCGCAACCUCAUCACAGACAUCUGCACCGAGCAAUGCACGCUCAGCGACCAGCUGCUGCCAAAACAUUGUGCCAAAACCAUCAGUCAGGCGGUGAACAAGAAGUCAAAGAAGCAGACGGGGAAGAAAGGAGAACCUGAGAGAGAGAAGCCUGGAGUAGAGAGCAUGAGGAAGAACAGGCUGCUGGUCACCAACCUGGAUAAGCUUCACACAGCACUAUCCGAGCUGUGUUUCUCCAUCAAUUAUGUACCCAACAUGGUGAUAUGGGAACACACCUUCACUCCCAGGGAGUACCUCACCUCACACCUGGAGAUCCGCUUCACCAAGUCUAUCGUGGGGAUGACCAUGUAUAACCAGGCGACCCAGGAGAUAGCCAAACCAUCUGAGCUGCUGACCAGUGUCAGGGCUUACAUGACUGUGCUCCAGAGCAUAGAGAACUAUGUUCAGAUAGAUAUCACUAGGGUGUUCAACAACGUGCUGCUGCAGCAGACACAACAUCUGGACAGUCACGGAGAACCAACCAUCACUAGCCUCUACACCAACUGGUAUCUGGAGACCUUACUGCGCCAAGUAAGUAACGGACACAUUGCUUACUUCCCAGCCAUGAAGGCUUUUGUCAACCUGCCUACAGAGAACGAGCUCACCUUCAAUGCAGAGGAAUAUUCUGAUAUCUCAGAAAUGCGGUCCCUGUCAGAGCUGCUGGGGCCCUAUGGGAUGAAGUUCCUCAGUGAGAGUCUCAUGUGGCAUAUCUCCUCCCAGGUGGCCGAGCUCAAGAAACUGGUGGUGGACAACGUUGAGGUUUUGACCCAGAUGAGGACCAGCUUUGACAAGCCGGUAGAAAUGGCUGCUCUGUUCAAGAAGCUCUCAUCAGUCGACAGUGUUCUGAAACGGAUGACCAUCAUCGGCGUUAUCCUCUCAUUCCGAUCACUGGCUCAGGAGGCACUCCGAGAUGUGUUGUCGUGCCACAUCCCAUUCCUGGUGAGCUCAGUGGAGGACUUCAAGGAUCACAUUCCCAGAGAGACCGACAUGAAGGUGGCCAUGAAUGUGUAUGAGCUGUCCUCUGCAGCAGGCCUGCCCUGUGAGAUAGACCCUGCCUUAGUGGUGGCCCUCUCCUCCCAGAAGUCAGAGAACAUCAGUCCUGAGGAGGAGUACAAGAUAGCGUGCCUGCUGAUGGUCUUUGUGGCGGUCUCUAUGCCCACCUUGGCAAGCAACGUCAUGUCCCAGUAUAGCCCUGCUAUUGAAGGUCACUGCAACAACAUCCACUGUCUGGCUAAAGCUAUAAACCAGAUCGCUGCAGCUUUAUUCACCAUCCACAAGGGCAGCAUCGAGGACCGCCUCAAAGAGUUCCUCGCACUUGCCUCCUCCAGUUUGCUGAAGAUCGGCCAGGAGACUGACAAAACCACAACAAGGAACAGAGAAUCUGUCUACUUGCUCCUGGAUAUGAUUGUGCAGGAGUCCCCAUUCCUGACCAUGGACCUUCUGGAGUCUUGCUUCCCCUAUGUGCUGCUCCGUAACGCAUACCACGCCGUCUACAAGCAGAGUGUGCCUUCCUCCACCUGAGAGCCCUGAGAGGAGGUGAAAAGAGGAUAGAGAGGAGGAGGUGGAGAGGCUAGAGAGGAGGUGGAGAGGCUAGAGAGGAGGUGGAGAGGCUAGAGAGGAGGUGGAGAGGCUAGAGAGGAGGUGGAGAGGCUAGAGAGGAGGUGGAGAGGCUAGAGAGGAGGUGGAGAGGCUAGAGAGGAGGUGGAGAGGCUAGAGAGGAGGAGGAGAGGCUAGAGAGGAGGAGGAGAGGCUAUAGAGGAGGAGGAGAGGCUAUAGAGGAGGAGGAGAGGCUAUAGAGGAGGAGGAGAGGCUAUAGAGGAGGAGGAGAGGCUAUAGAGGAGGAGGAGAGGCUAUAGAGGAGGAGGAGAGGCUAUAGAGGAGGAGGAGAGGCUAUAGAGGAGGAGGAGAGGCUGGAGAGAGAGAGAGAGAGAGAGGGGCAGGGAGGCUAGCGAGAGAGAGAGAGAGAGAGGCAGGGAGGCUCGAGAGAGAGAGAGAGAGAGAGAGAGGCAGGGAGGCUCGCGAGAGAGAGAGAGAGAGGCAGGGAGGCUAGCGAGAGAGAGAGAGGCAGGGAGGCUAGCGAAAGAGAGAGGCAGGCGGGGAGGCUCCCUGCCUAGCGAGAGAAAGCGGUUUUGUCUGGAGCCUUAGCAUACAGAGAGUGAAGGAGACAACAUUGGGGGCCUUUAUGUGUCAAGCUUCUCAGAGUAGGAGUGAUCAUUUGAAAUCAGUUUAGCCUUUUAGAUCACAAUUAAUGAGAUGUAAUAUUUUAUUUGGAUCCCACUGCUAAUCUCUUCCUGGAGUCCAAACAGGAAACAAAACGACAAAUAGAAUACAUAAAAUACAUAACACUACAUAAUACACUACAUAAUACAAUACUUAAUACAAUGCAGAAUACACUACAUAAUACAAUACUUAAUACAGUGCAGAAUACACUACAUAAUACAAUACUUAAUACAGUGCAGAAUACACUACAUAAUACAAUACUUAAUACAGUGCAGAAUACACUACAUAAUGCAAUACUUAAUACAAUGAGGAAUAUAAUACAAAAUGUAUAAAAAUGUCUCUUCACAGUCCCCGUUGUGCAGUAAGAUGUUCUUUUAUCCAUUUUUUAAAAAUCUGGUUGUAUUGCUAGUUUGAGUUACCCGGGGUGGUAGAGAGUUCCAUUUAGUCAUGGCUCUAUGUAAUACUGUGCGUUUCCCAGCCUCUGUUCUGGACCUGGGGGACUGUGAAGAUACCUCUGGCUGCAUGUCUUGUGUUGUACCAAUGAGUGUCCGAACUAUGUGCCAACUGCUUGAACAAACAGUUCGAUACCUUUAACCAAUCAACACCUGGCAAAAAAAAGACUUUGAGCCAAGAGAGAUUGACAUGCAUACCACUGACAUCCACCCUCUGUAUACAUUUUCCGUGCAAUACGUGCUGCUCUGUUCUGGAUCAACUGCAAUUUUCCUUUGUCCUUAUUUGCCGCACAAGUUUACACAACUGGGCAGUAGUCCCAAGUCCGACAAAACUAGGGCCUGUGGGACCUGUCUGGUUGAUUUCGAUGUCAAGAAAGCAGAGCAACUUCUUAUCAUGAACAGAACUCUUCCCAUUUUAGCAACCAUUUAGUCUAUAUGUUUUGACCAUGACAGUUUGCUAGCUAGGGUUACACCCAGCAGUUACAUAGACAGGGGACCUGAUCCUAGAUCAGAACUCCUACUCUGAGACGCUUGAUACAUGCAGGCAGCCCCAGAGCCCUAUACUGAGAAUAGAAAUAUAUGGCUCUGUACAACUUGAGAGUCUGAUAUGAUGAUGUGACCAUUGUGGGUGUGCUGUGUUUCAUCUUCAGUCUUAAAGAAAACAAAAAAUAAUAUUAUUGGUUUUGUGGGAUCAGGGUUUUUUCUUUUCACCCAGUUUUAUGAAUGAAUAAUUUGUUUACUUAAAUUAAUCUGAUGUAAGCUUUGUUGACAAUGAUCAGUGGUACACUACUACUUAAUUACAUUUUUGAAUACUGUCAUAGGCUUUCGUUUCUAAAUAUUGAAUGGGUUAAAAAAUGUAACACUAAAAUUGCUAUUAAGUGGAACAUUGCAAUGUGCAAAACUAAUUGCAGAUUUUUGGGGAAAUGAUGAUCCACAGUUAUUCCAUUCACCAUCAUCUGUUGAUUAUUACAGUAUGUGUAUCUGUGAAUUUGUGUUAAUUACAUUCUUGUGUUCUUUUGAGAUAUUUGCCAAACUGUUGAGAAACCAUAGCAUUUUAUAUUAUUUGGAGCUAAGCUAAAAUGUUGGUAUUAAACUUAAAUAUUAUGAAAAGUGGUAACAGAUCGUUGAUAUUUGUAUAAAGCAUAGAAUAAUUUUUUAACUAAAUGCCUCAUUGGCAUAACCACUCCAUUGUACCUGUCUGUAUGGUAUAUAAUAAACAUUCUUUCAUAUUUAUUGAAUGUUAAUAAAUAGCUCUCCUUUGACCACUUUUAUAUGUUUUCGAUGUUUCGAUGAACUGUGUGUCCUCCAUAACGUGACAAAUAAAUCUUAGGCUAUAUCCA